AUGACCAAAGCAAGUAAUUAUCACUUUAAUGAAGAAAACACCAUUUUACAAAAGUAUGACGGCUUGCUAGAACGUACGAAACUUGAAUGUCGAUUUCGUGGUCUUGAUAAAUUGUUGAACAGUGGUAAAUUCUUUCUUCGUGCACUUUUCGCUUUUUUCCACAAUCAUUCUUGCGAUAGUUUACUUUUAUAUAAAAGAAAAGAUCCCUGCCUAGUCCCAAAUUAUCUUCAGCCUUUCAAAAUUAUAGAAAAAGAGGUAGAUUUCAAGUUGAUAUUCCUUUUGAUUGACGAAACCACAAAUUAUAACCUACAAAAAUUAGUGCUUUGGCAGGUACUUUCAAAUUUGGUUGGAAUAUGCAACAGGAGACCGGUGCAACCAGUAAACAAAACAUCAAAACCAAUGCAAUAUUUAGCUUUCCAAAAAUGUAAGCAAAUAAAAUUGGUAUCAAGAAGCAUCUAUGACAUUUGUCAUAAUUAUUUGGAAUUAAGAAUUACUAAAUAG